AUGUCAGACCGAUACAACUUUCGACGUAGUACUCGCAGUCAGCAAGUACCGCCCCAGGACCCUCUGGGCUCACCAAGGGAUCCAACUCGACGCAUAAAGCUGAAGGUAGAGGACCUAGACCUUGACAAAUCCUACAGUAACAUUUUGCUACCAUCUAAACUACCAGCGAGGCCGAAGAAAAGCAGGCCAUGGGCUAAAUGGGGAGGAGCUACGCCUCUUACCGACCCAGCUCAACUUCCUCGCGGGUGGCAUAUGAAUGAGGACGACCUUCACCCUGGCGAUAUCGACGGUCAGAUCGAAAGAUGUCUUGAGAGGAUUGCCGAGAACAUAAUGCCUCAAAUCUUUCAGCAAAGGUUGGAGGAAUUCAUGGCUUCGAAAAACGAACUUGAAGCGAUGACCUUCGAGGGGUCUGAAGAGCUCAGCUGGGAGACCAUUCGACGGGUGCAUGAUCUGGAGGGCAUGAAUACAGAUAUAACGACUACUGGGGAUAAAUAUGAGCAGCUUCCAAAUAUUAAUUCUCUGUUGGCAGCAUAUAAGUCGGGCCAGCUUGAGUGGCAUACCGGGCUUGUUACUUAUUGGUCAAGGGGUGUCCAAGUCAGUCAACCAAGACGAUUUGACUGGGAUGAAUUCGAAGCAAUUAACCUCGACCACCACGGCGACAAAGGAUUCUGGACGGAAGGGGUAAAACUGGCGCUUCGUCUUCCAGGAUUCAUGUGGUUUGCCGAGCUGGACUUUGUCCACGAUACCGGGGCUAGUAUGAUGGGCAUUUAUCAAGGAGAUCUUAAAACGCUGCUUGGCCCCUUUGCUGCGACUGCUGGGCCAAUGAUACCGGUAGUAAGCAUGGUAAGAUCUCGUGUUGCAAGCGGCACAUACAUCACCAGGCAAGCCAUUGAGGUGGAAGUAACAAUUCUGGAUAGCAAUCGCCAGAGAAUGACCGCUUGGACUAGAACCAGGGGCUGGACAUUGAGUGCCGUCCCCCGAUUAGAUGGCCAAGUUGUGCGAGAUUUGUUAUAUUUGGGAACUUCACCUGCUACCGGCUUUGGUAUACACAUCUCAAACACGAGAUCUGACCUUAACCUGCCAGAUCUGGACUUAGCUAGCAACCCGCCAGUGCACAAUCCGCAUUAUAGAAUGUCCCUUCCAGUGCCACCACCAGGAACAUUCGCCCAAGGGCAUGGUGGAUGGGUAGUGCCGCUCGCAGCACCCUUAAUGAUGCCGCAGCCAGCACCUGGAGCCCCUCCUUGA